CCGGAUAAUAACUUCUGAUUUCAAGAUGCCUGGAGUUUCUGCCGGCGCCCUGCUGGAGCUCUGCAUCAACACCAUCCUCAGCAUUUUUUCGGGAGUCUUUUCCAAAGUUUUUUCCUGGUCCAAAGGAGCCUGCGGGGCCACAAACUCCCUGCUUUCGGACGCGAACAGCCAAUCGGAGCAAAGCAAAGACUUGGAUGUGACGACCCCAACCAGCGUCAACUAUCACUUUACCCGCAAAUGCAACUAUAAAUGCGGGUUUUGUUUUCACACCGCAAAAACUUCCUUCGUCCUUCCUUUGGAGGAGGCCAAGAAGGGGCUCAGACUUCUAAAAGAAGCAGGGAUGGAAAAGAUCAAUUUCUCCGGAGGGGAGCCGUUUCUGCAUGAACGGGGAGACUUCCUGGGGAAGAUGGUUCAGUACUGCAAGGCGGAGCUGCAGCUCCCCAGCGUCAGCAUCGUCAGCAAUGGCAGCAUGAUUAAAGAGAAAUGGUUCCAGAAAUAUGGAGACUUUUUGGACAUCUUGGCAAUCUCCUGUGACAGUUUUGAUGAAGAAACCAACCAGAUGAUCGGCAGAUGUCAGGGCAGCAAGAGUCACAUCGAGAACCUCUUCAAGAUCCGCAGCUGGUGUCAGCAAUACAAAGUGGCGUUCAAGAUCAACUCGGUUAUCAACACCUUUAACGUUCACGAAGACAUGACCGAACAGAUCAACCAGCUCAAUCCGGUCCGCUGGAAGGUGUUCCAGUGUCUGCUGAUCGAUGGAGAGAACGCUGGAGAGGAGGCGCUGAGGGAGGCGGAGAGGUUCGUCAUCACUGACCAGCAGUUCCAGGACUUCCUGGACCACCACAGCGCCGUUUCCUGUCUCGUUCCAGAGUCCAACGAGAAGAUGAGGAACUCGUACCUGAUCCUGGACGAAUAUAUGCGUUUCCUGGACUGUCGGGAGGGAAGGAAGGACCCGUCCAAAUCCAUCCUGGACGUCGGCGUGAAGGACGCCAUCAGCUUCAGCGGCUUCGAUGAGAAAAUGUUUCUGAAGAGAGGCGGGAAAUACGUUUGGAGCAAAGCUGACAUGAAGCUGGACUGGUGAAAUUUACAAAUCGGAAACUUCUCGGCUUUUAUGCACUUAUUUCACUUUGCAGCUUGUUGUUUUAGAAGUGUUACCAUGUUCAGGUGUGAUUUUUGGAAAUGUCUUAAGAUUAAGAUAAGCUUUGAGUGUGUUGUAAAUUUUUUUGUAUUGUUGAUGUAAAGUUUAAAUUAAAGUUUUAGUUUUGCUGACUGGAUUCAGUGUUUCAACUUUAACAAUUUUAUAAACUUCUUUAUUUCAUAUUUCUCUGUGUAAAUGUUCCCCAUAUCUACUCUAUUUCAUGCAUUUUCAUAGUUUCUCUUCCUUUAAUUAAGUCCUACAUUUUCUUAUUACCAAUAAUUAUUUCAUUUAAUCUUUUCCUUGUGUGUCUCUUGUGGUUUAAUGUCUGUAUUUCUGUUUGUAACCUCUGUAAACUUUGUGUCAUACCUCAUAUUGAUUCAUUAAAUUUAUUUAUAUGACACUAAA